UCAUUUUCCAAAUAAAUGAGCCAUUGUUUAAGUGAGGUUUCAGGAUACCUUGGACGUGUGUGUGUGUGCUCAUUUUGCUCACGUACUGAAAAGGGUCCUUCUUUGCAGUUGUGUGCACUCCUCGGGACAGCCCUAGCCAAGCCCAGUGCUCCGGAAAUAAAAGAUGAAGAGGUGAUGGACCAUGGCAAAGACGACGAUGGAUGUUCUUGUAUGCAAAGCCACGAUGUAGAUACGGAAGACAUGUUUAGAAGUAUUCACAUGCAUGAUCACUACAAUGAAUAUGCAGAGGGAAUAACUCUUAAUGAAUUCAAACAAUUGGUGGUGGUGGAGACGGCAGAGAUGCUUAAGAAAAGUGCUCAAAGCGAUCAAGAAAUGGAAGCUAGAAUGCUCUGCGGGGGUGACUGUAUGCCUAGAUUCGCGAGAUCCAAGAAAACGUGCAACAGACUCUUGCUGGAAGGCUGGCCCCUCGCUUCGUACCAACCCACGUGCAUUAUGACCGCCUUGCAGAGAUUGUCUACCUGCUGCCGUGACAUGUUGAAAUAGCUAAAUUAUGUCGAUGGGUUAUCUCUGUAUAUAAUAAAAUGGAGUACCAUUUCAA